AUGGUCGUUCGAUUGAAAAGCAUUCAAGUACGUUUCGACUGUGACUCUUUAGAAACAGUUGAUGUUGAUGUUCAAGUUGAUGAUGUUGGUGUUGAUGUUGAUGCGGUUAAAGUUGAUGUUCAUGAAGUUAAAGUCGACGUUGAUGUUGUUAAAGUUGAAGUCGAUGAAGUUAAAGUCGAUGUUGAUGUUGAUGUUGCUGUUGAUGAGGAUAAAGUUGAUGUUGAUGUUGAUGAGGAUAAAGUUGAUGUUGAUGUUGAUGAGGUUAAAGUUUAUUUUGAUGUUGAUGAGGCUAAAGUGGAUGUUAAUGUUGAUGAGGUUAAAGUUGAUGUUGAUGAGGUUAAAGUUUCAGUUUAA